AUGGCGUCCGCGUCCACGGUCGUCGCGCGCCUCGUGCAGCUGAACGACGGCGGCGCGGAUGACCGCGCGUUCGACAUCCGAGAUAAAGAGCUCACGAUCGGACGGCAAAACGGAUGCGACGUCCACCUGAAGUACGCCGCGAUCUCGCGCAGGCACGCGACGCUCGCGCCGUCGGCGAACGGGAUUCUCCUCAAGAACAUGAGCAAGACUAACCCGGUGAUGCUCAACGGGCUCGGCGUCACGGAGGAUGGCGCGACGCUGGCGCACGGCGACGAGGUGAUCUUCCCUCAGGGCGAAGACGCGCGCCUGGUGUUCCGCGUGGAGAUGCUCUCCGAGAUGAAAAAUCUCUCCCCGGGCAAAAUCCUCGCGAAGGCGUUCUCCCCGGCGAAGGACGCCGCCGCACACAACGCCAACGCCAGCGCGUCGUCCCCCGGGGCGAGGUCCCCGCUCGGGGAGAGGAACGGCGAGGAGAUGGCGCCCUCUCCGAAGAAGGCGGACGCCGCGCCUCGGCCGAGCGCCGCGGUCGCCGCGAGAUCGCCAUCCGCGGCGGCGCCGUCGCCGGCGCGAUUCGGCAAGCCGUCCCCGGCGAAGAAGAGCAAGCUGUCGUCGUCUUCGACUUGUUCUCCAGGGUCCGCCGCGAAGGGCAACAAGAGCCCCGCUGGCGCGACGCCGCACACGAAGGCUGCGCGCGCGCUCGUCGCGACCGCGGUCGCGUCCAUCGUCGACGCGGACGCCGCCGCCGCCGCCAAAUUGAAGGGUUCGAAGUCUCCGGCGAAGGCUAGAUCGCCCGCCCUCAAGUCCCCGACCCCGAAGAAGACCGCCGCCAAGUCGCCGAAAUCUCCGGCCAAGUCCCCCCGCCGCGUCCCUCUGCCCGCGGACUCGACGCCAAAGUCCGCGGGGCCGACGCCGCACACGCGCGCGGCGCGGGACCUCGUCGACGCGGUCGUAGACUCGAUGUGCGCGGAGGAGGCGGAGGCGGCGGACGAGCCGGCGUCGGUGACGAAGCGAUCGCCCGCCGGCGCCGGCGGGGCGAAAAAGUCCCCGGCGAAGUCUCCAAAGUCGCGGCAGCAGCAGCGCGCGGCGUCCAAGUCGCCGAACGGGCCGACGCCGCAUACGAAAGCCGCGAAAGCGCUCGUCUCCGACGCGAUCGACGCGAUCGUGAAGGACGCGGAGGUGCGUUCUAUAUCACACUGGUCCCCAUACGACCGCGCUGGCGUGGUGAACGCCGAUCCUUAA